AUGGCGGUUCAGAGACACUUCUCGUCCAAUCUGAUGGAGUUUGAGAGGAUCUACCAGGAAGAAAGGGACAAACUGCCCAAAUCCAGUUUUGCGGCUCUCAACCCUGUGGUCAUGAGCACACCUGUGCUUGGCUGUCAGACAGUUCAGAGCAUGACUCUGCUGCCAUCUCAGCAGAGGAACAACGGGCACUGUGACAAAGGCUCCCCGACGCUGUCCAGUGGACCCCAAAUGUGGAGGCAGGAAGUGGCUCCAGUUUCACAGCAACCAAGAGCAGAACCCAAUACUUUACCUAGAGAACCCAGCUUCCCAAGAACAACAUCCUUGCAUAAAACCUUGUCCAUCCAAAACCUGACCCAGAUUGAAACACCGUGGGAGAAUGUAACUCUGAACCGAUGUCUGUUUGUGGCCAUAACCAUCCUGGUGCUCACUUCGGGCUUUCAGAGGCUUCAUGAAACUUUGCGUGGUCGGGGGACAGUAGAGGAGGAGGAAGAAGUUCGACUAACAGUGAGACACUCAGGCAUAUUACGACACAAAGGACAACUACCAGAGCCUGAGACUUCUCUGUGGGAAGUCAUGUUUUGGUGGCUGCCAGACCUUGAUGAUGAAGAGGAUGAGGAUGAAGAGAAUGACAAUGGAGAAGUCAAAAGAGGGAGGUCAAAGAAAGGAGCAAUGGCACGAACAUCAAGAGGUCUCAGAAACAAGCCCCUGCUGGACAAAAAACUAAUGAAGCAAAGAGAUGGGAAAUUAAAAGAUAGGAGAGCCAAGAAGGCCAGGGAUAAAGAAACAGAAGACAAGAAAGAAAGAGAUAAAAAGGAGGACUUUGAAGAAGCAGCAGGUGAAGAUGAAGAUGAAGGUGAUGGGGAGACAGCGUCCAAGAAGAAUAAAAGGUUCGAGGAAAAGAAAGAGAAGAAAAAGCCUUAAAAGGGAAGAGUUGAUUCUUUCUUCUGUGUCAGACACCAAUUCAUUUUCUAAUUCACCUACUUUGAUUCGAUAACAUUUCUAAAAUGAGGUAACACUGAAUUAACUGCUAGAUUUUGUCUCAAAUCUUUAAAAUACUACCACUGAGACUUAAAGAUAUAGUGUUUCCAGUUAAAUGGUCGAAUACACAAAAGCCUUAUAUAUUACAGUUUUUUGUUGCUUUGCUUGAUUGCUGAUUUUGUGUAAUAGAGCCUUGAUUUAUGCAUUAUCCUGGUAUUGAAAAUGCUGUCUCAUAUGAAAUGUUUGUCAUUAUUGAUUAGGUGUUAAAAGAUAUAAGACCUAUUCAGUCAGAAGCUUAUCAAGACUGCCAGAAUAUGGGCCACAAGGAUCAUGUUUGUGUUUUUAAUCAAAAUUUUGACCAUUGUAUGUCAUUUUUGAACCCCACCUCCAUCAUCUGAAAGCUGCUUCGAAGAGCCAAGUUAAAGGGUCCUAUUUGUGAAUUCAUGCUUUUAUCAUCACAAGUAAUU